AUGCGGCGGCGCUUUAGGAGCAGGAGGAGAAGGUACAGAAGAGUGACGUCACCCGAACACACCUCGAGCACGUGUGGAUCACGGCACCGCAUCCUGACAGGAGGAAGUGAGGAUGAUGAAGGUGCUGAAGAUGAUAAGGAGAACACCAGAGUGCGAAAGCGACUGAGAGUGCGACUCUUCAGCUCAUCCAGUCCUGAUGAUCAGCUACACGCUGUGAGGGGAAGUAAGAGACAAUCCAACUCUUCACCAGCAGAGGGCGAAGCAGAGACACCUGAUUCAGAGUUGCUGAUGCUGUUCCAGAGACUGAGAUCCAGAAGAACUCCAGCACACACACUCGUCCCUGACAGCACCAUCGCCGAUCACUGCCUCAUCGGAGACUUCACCAAACAUCAUGUGCUUCCUGUGGAGCAGGUGACCCAUCAGGAUCUUCACUGUGUUUCAGCGCAGACUGUGGCGUCUCUGAUCAGAGGUCAGUUCAGCGCUGUAGUGGAAGACUUCCUGGUGGUCGACUGUCGUUAUCCGUACGAGUACCGAGGAGGCCACAUCAGGGGAGCCGUGAACCUGUACACCGAGACCCAGAUCCUCCAGGCCUUCCUCCAGGGCUCGUCCACCCCGCAGACAUCUCCAGUUCCCCGUGGUGCCCCAGGAGGGGCGUCUGCGCUGGGUGCACGGGGCGCCGGGGGGGCGACACCCGAGUCAGGACUCAGUGAGGGAGCGUCAUCGCCCAGAAAACUCAUAGUGUUUCACUGCGAAUUUUCAUCAGAAAGAGGACCACGACUCUGUCAGUAUCUGAGGGAACUGGACCGUGCACUGAACGCUCAGACGUACCCUUACCUCCUCUACCCUGAGCUCUACCUACUGCAGGGGGGGUACAAGCACUUUUACUUCUGCUGUCCGGAGCUGUGUGAGCCGUGUGGUUACAUCCCCAUGCAUCACAAGGACUUCAGAGAUCAGCUACAUCGUUUCAGCAGGAAGAGGCGCCAGAGUCGUCGCAGACGUCUAGUCAGAACUCAGCAGAGGAUGUCACGCUCUUAACACUGCUUCACAAAGAACCGGAGACAGAGCCCCAGAGCUGGAAGAAUGAUGGAAAUGACUGACAGUUAGGGCGGGACAAUAUGAUGAUGAUGAAAUACAGUAUAAAUAUCAUGAUCUAUACAGUAAAACACUAGUCUUAGAUAUUACAGUUAUAGUUUGUGUGUUUAUGAUGGACAAAUUACACUCACACUCACAAAGCGAACAAUUAGAUGACUGGAUGUUAGUUUUUUGUGUUACGGAAUGCAGUAUGUUUUUCACCAGC